GAUCCGCGAGGCUGCUCGCUGGACCCCGCCCCCCGCGGAGGGUCCUGCCCUGCCCUCCCGGCCCGGCUGUCGGAGCGGGCGCUCGCGGCUGCGGGCGGUGCGGAGCCGGCUCAGCCCGGGCGCGGAGCGAGCAGGGAGGGCGGACCCGCCGCCCUUCACCCCAGGCCCGGGGGUUCCCCCGCCCGGUCCUGCCUGUGGCCACCACCCCCAGCAUCUCCGAAAGGCUGAGCUGCGCGUCCCGGAGAGGAUUAGCAUCCAGGGAAGCAGGGAGGCCCCUUAUGCCCGGAGGUGGCCGCCUGCACGCAUAGCCAGGCCACAGGCUGGGACACUCCUGAUGUCAGAAGGGAGUGGCCACAGGCAGUCUCGGCGUCAGCAUGAAUUCCAGGCUCCUGUCGGCCAGAGACUGGCUCAGCACCCGCCCGCCCACCUCUGAGCCUAACCUAGAACCCGCCACGGACGGGCCCGCCUCCGAGCCCACCACCCUCGGCCCAGAAGCCACCAGCUUUAACGACACCAGGGUGCCUGGUGUGGGCAGCGGCGCAGCCGGCGUGGGCACGAUGCUCCUGUCCUUUGGGAUCAUCACGGUGAUCGGCCUGGCCGUGGCCAUGGUCCUGUACAUCAGGAAGAAGAGGAGGCUGGAGAAGCUACGCCACCAGCUCAUGCCCAUGUACAACUUCGACCCCACGGAGGAGCAAGACGAGCUGGAGCAGGAGCUGCUGGAGCACGGCCGGGACGCCGCCUCCGCGCAGGCCCCGCAGGGCAAGACCACCCUCCCGGCCCAGGGCCCAGUGCAGAGACCCAGCCGGCUGGUCUUCACCGACGUAGCCAACGCCAUCCACGCGUGAGCGACCCGGGGACGGGCCUGGACCUGCUGCCACCGGCCUCGGCACCCACAGAG